CUUUCUGUGUGUCAAGAAAGCAGUGACACUCGAGGAUGGAGAAGAAUCUACACUGAAAGGUUUCAUCAGUACAAGCCACCUAGAGGAAGAGCCUAGUGAGGAAGGAAUUCUGCCUGUGUGGGGGGGAAGGGGGGAAAGCAGACACACCCACCAAGAGCCAGGCAGUAUCUCAGCAGGAGCCACGCCUAGCAAGAACUUGCUUGCAGGGAGCAGGAGCUAUUGGUGUCCAUACACCCCCCCCCCAUCUACCAAAAGAUAGGAAGUAGCUCAGAAGGAGUCAACCCUAAGGAGAACUUGCUUGCAGGGAUCAGGAGCUAUUGGCGUGUUCCCCCCCAUCUCUCCCCCACCUUCCCCUGCCUCCCACACAUCUACCAAAAGACAGGAAGUAGCUCAGCAGGAGCCAACCCUAGCCCUAGCGAGAACUUGCUUGUAGGGAGCAGGAGCUAUUGGUGUGUUCCCCCAUCUCCUCCCACACACAUCUACCAAAAGACAGGAAGUAGUUCAGCAGGAGCCAACCCUCGCGAGAACUUGCUUAUAGCCGAGUUGUUGUUGUCCCGCCCCCAGACACACCCACCGAGAGCCACGCAGUAACUCAUCUCACGAGAACUCGAUUGUGAAAGCACAGUGGGCCUCACGUGGUGUGCUCAGUGGGGCUCAUAACCGUCACCUCAUCUCGGUAGCUGAGCCUGAGUGGCGCCGUCGAUUGAGCCAGGGGAGCUGAGUGGAAAGUCAGAAUCGCCAUGCAGGAUCCUGGCGAGGACACAGGUGGUAGAACAGGGGUUGAAGAAGACGAGGAUGGGCAGCAGAGACCUGGAGCUUCCGAUAUCCAGGCUAGCUCUCAGAGUUCGGCGGCAGAGGGUGACCAAGACGAGGUCCCUCGUGAGAGUGGCCCACAAGAUGCCAGUAGCCAGUCUGUUCCAGGCAGGUCCCGCCCAGGGAACCCUUUAGGGUUAGGUGUGGCAGCCGAAGAGGCAGCUGUCGUUCCCCAAGACGAGCUGCCACCACUUCUCCCUGGACCCAGUGGAGAUGUUGCAACAACUGCAAGUCGACUCCUGGAGUUCUCUGUAAGAGUGCCUUUCAGGUCUGCUGUAGAGGCAGACAUGGCCCGCAGGUCCCUGGUUGCCAAUGCCCAGCGCCAGCUACUAAUGGUUCCACAGGAGUACACCGUGAAUGACAGUACUUUGGUUGUUAGGUGGACAACUGACGACACCAGUCUCUUCCAGAUUUCCAUCAAUAGCUUCCUUGACCAGCUCUCCCUGGUGAUGAGAAAUAUUCGGCACUUCCAGUUUGUGGCUGUUGUCAAACGAGGAAGAGGAAGGAUUCAUCACACCUAAACUUUCUCCCCCUAAAAGACAGGACAAAGGCAUUUUGUGUUUUUGGUAAUUGUUACCUUGCCUUCAAAUUUCAAUGUUUUGAUGUGAUUUCCCCUUUAUCAGUCCCAUGCUUGGCUUGUUUCCCUUUUGCUUAAGGAAAGGGUGCUUAAAAGUUUGUUGCUGAACAAAAUAAAACUAACGUAUUGUGGUUUAGAUGUUUUGGUUAGGUUUUGGUCUGACAUUACUUUUGGCUAUGGCAGAAGCCUCCAGUUUUCUCAUCUGUGUACUUCGGUUCGAAGGAAAGUUCUGAAAUUUAAAAUUUCUCACAGUCCAAAGCAGGGAAAGAUAU